UCUGCUGGCGCCAUGCAGAGCACCGACCAGUCGGCCGUCCGCUCGGACGACGAGAACGACGCCUCCACCGACCGUCAUGACGUCGCAGUCGAAGCUGCACCCAGGACGACGUGGUGGGCGCACAAGGACGACCUCAUCUUGCUCACGCAGGCCAACACUGAUCGCCCAUUCUUGGCCGAGAGGGGCCUCAUGGCGGCCUGGGAUGCCACCGCGGCCAGCAUCAGCCAGGCUCCGGACUUCGGACGACCAGGCGUCAACGGCAAGAAAGCGUCCAGUCGCUUCUUCAAGCUCAUCGAGGCCCACCGGCUGUACAUGAAGCAGGCGAAAUACGCAUCCGGCGAGAACGACACGCCCAAGAUUAGGCUUCUGGACGAGAUUGUCAGGCGCAUCGACGACCACAACAAGGCAAAGGCCAAGGAGAUCAUGAGCAAGAAGACACCAAGAAGCGAGCCCGACGAACCGGCGCGUCUUGUUCGAGAGCCAGCGCCAGCGCCAGCUCCAGUAGCCCGCGGCCCCAAGCGACCUCGGACCAGCAUCGCAGCAUCCGACGACGACGACGACAAUCCAGUGCCAAGCCGCAAGACGACGGACGCGGAGUUUCAGCUGCGC